AUGAGUGCCAAGCUCAUAGGGGAGAGCAUGACCUUGUAUCGGAGCAUCAUGAGGCUUCAUCGUUUGAAGCUUGACCCGCAGAUGCGCAGCCUGGGGGACACUUACGCAAGGAAGGAGUUCAGGCUUCAUACCAAGCCCCAGGUCACGGACUCGCAGCGCCAGAUGUUUCUGCGAGAGUGGAAGUCCUAUGUGGACAUGAUCAGCUUGCAAGAGACCGUGGUGGGCCAAGAGCUCAGCGCCGAACAGAAGUCGAAGCUCAACGACCAACAGAAGGUGCAGCUUGGGAACUUGGAGCAGUCUGCCAAGUCUCUGGGCUGUCAGCCAGGAUGGUUCAAGCAGGCUGCCAUGGCCCGAAACAGCCGCCGCAGGGGCGGCAACUCUCAAGGGCGAGGUAAAGGGGCAGGAAGAGGCGGAAGAGGUCAGCAACAAGAUGGGCGCCAUCCACACGGCCAUCCUGCUCCAGGCGUCGUCAGACGACAGAAGGAGAAGCCCUCCCGAGGACGAGGAAGCGGACGAGGAAACAAGGGUGGUGCUAGGAGGCGGAAUGCUGGGAGAACGAACGCGGGCCCUUUACCGGCCUCUGUGCAGACGGAAGUCAGAGAAGAUGGGAUGUUUCGGCACUCUGAAGUGGAGAAAGCACAUGGAGAUGCGGUGAUGUCGAUUGUCAUGGCAGCUGACUGCAUUUACACAGCAUCGCGUGACAAGACGUUGAAAAGGUGGAAGGUCAACAGAGGCACAUCUGGCAAGUACGAGCUUUCUGUUGAACUCGAAGUACCGCUUGGAGAUGUUUGUUGGUGUCUCAUCAGCGCUGGAGAUUGGCUAUUCUGUGGCCUUGGAGAUGGGAACAUCAAGGGCUUCAUGAAGUCGGGCACCGAGACGGUACUCAAGGGCCACACGAAGCGUGUUGGCUGUCUCAUGACGCAUCAGCAUGUGCUCCUUUCGGGGGCCUCUGAUGGUUCUGUGAGAUGCUGGCAGAUGAAUGUACACACGCAGACCUUUGAAUGCACUCAUGCAAUAGACGAGGGGAUCUCCGGUGCUGUCACAUCGCUCUCGGUUCUUGGCGAAGGACUCUGGGUGGGAGGAACCUCCGGAGUGGCGCUGGUUGAGUUGGCAACUCUAAAGGUUGUGAAGCACCUGGAGCCGCGAAGGUUUGUCUCAGGCCUCUUGCAGUUCGACGGCCAUAUGAUUGUGGUGUAUGCCGACGGUAGCAUGUGCAUUUUCGACGGUCUGGGUGCUAUGAAGCACAAGCAGCCAGCAUUGCCUGCUGGACCGGUGCUGUGCAUAGCCGGCUUGGAGUCGGGUCCACGAGUUCUUUGUGGUCACGCGAAAGGUCAAAUCAGCUCCAUAUCCUUACCCGACUUCGUCCUCAAGAAGUAUUGGCAUGCAUUGGAAAGGUGCAAGGUUCAGACCCUGUGCUGUGCUGGCCAUGAUGGCAUCUACGUGCUAGGAGCAGAGAAUGGCACUCUGCAGCUGUGGCAGAGGGAUGGGUCAGUGGAUGCCCUUUGA